UUAAAUCUCACUGACGUAAGUGGGAGGAACUUCAUUAGCGUCUCUCGUGAUAGUUUAGAGCUUUAUUCAUGAAAAACUUUGCGCACUUUUAGCUACGUAGCUGAUAUGCAACGCCAGGGAUGUUACUCUGUUAACCACACUGGGGGCCGGUGGAGGCGCUGAAAUCAGCUGUGCAUCGUAUCUUAUUAUGCUAAACAAGUAAUGAACGGCCAAAACACAUGAUAAACAAUGGAAGGAAUGCUAUAUAAGUGGACCAAUUACAUAAGUGGUUGGCAACCUCGCUGGUUUGUGCUCGAUGGAGGGAUUUUGUCUUAUUAUGAUUCACAAGAAGAUGCCUGGAAAGGUUGCAAGGGCAGCAUUAAAAUUUCCGUUUGCGAAAUUCAGGUUCAUUCCUCUGACUCGACACGAGUCGACCUGACCAUACCAGGAGAGCAGCACUUUUACCUCAGAGCCAUCAAUGCAGCAGAAAGGCAGAAAUGGCUGGUGGCACUGGGGACAGCCAAAGCUUGCCUUACAGACAACCGAACAAAAAGAGAGAAAGAGCUCCAGGAGAACACAGAGGCUCUGAAAACUAAGAUGUCAGAGCUCAGAUUGUACUGUGACCUUCUUCUCCAACAAGUAAACAAAAUCAAGGAGAAUGGUGAGCUAGGAGCGACAGCAGAGGCAGGUAUAGACACCGGAAACAUGGUGAAGUCUACAUGCACUACUUUCCUUAAAACUCUAGAGGAAUGCAUGCAGAUAGCAAAUCGUACUUUUAGUCCAGAUACGGCAACACAGAGUACACUAGGAUCACCUCCAGUCGCAGCCAUCAAACCCCAGAAGAUUAAACCAGUCAUUCAUUUAAACCAGACCCUUGGAGAAAAAUGGAAAGACGUGGCUGAACCCUCAGGAGAGGCAAAUGCACAUGACAACCAGAGCAUUGACUCUGGAACAGAAGAACCAGAUCGGCUGGAACACCGGUUUUCCCAGACAGGCAAUUAUGCAGCCGACGGCAAGAGCUCACGAAUCGAUUCUACUCUACACACUUACCUGAAUACUCGUGAUAUUAAACACUAUGAACAACCAGCAGAGGGAGAUGAGGAAAAUAAAGCAGAUGAUCAAAAGGAAACCAAACAAGACCAGAAGCACAAAUUAGGCCAAAGUCAAGAGCAUGAGGACAACAGGGAAGUGAGAGCUGUGCAGCUUCAGCACCAGCAGGAAGGUGUUCCAGACCGAGAGAAGGUUCAGCAUGAAGGCAAGGUGUCCAGAGAGUCAACAGAGCCUGAAGACACAGAGCAGGUGGACACUUUCUUCAGCGUAAUGAGUCACAGAUUUAGUGAUAUAAGACUGGACGACGACAAUGGUAUCCCAACACAAGAGUUUUUGGACUCAUGCUAUGCAAUAGUGCCUGUAUUAGACAAACUGGGGUCCACAGUGUUUGCACCAGUUAAAAUGGAUUUUGUUGGAAAUAUCAAGAAGAUCCACCAGAAGCUGAUGUCAGAGCCUGACAGGUACCCCACACUGCAGUCCAUCGUGCUGCAUGAAGUCCAGACGGAUGUCACCCAGGUGCGCAACUCUGCUACUGAGGCUCUGCUGUGGCUUAGACGAGGCCUGAAGUUCCUCAAGGAGUUUCUGUCAGAGGUCAACGCAGGAGAACGAGACGUCCAGGGAGCGCUAAAUAACGCCUAUGGAAAGACCCUUCGACAGUACCACGGAUGGGUUGUGCGAGGAGUAUUCGCUUUGGCCCUGAGAGCAGCCCCAUCUUAUCAAAGCUUCAUCGCUGCCUUAGCGUCAGGAGAGGGCGACGAGCUAAAAAGAGGCUUCACUAGCAGCAUGCACAGGGACCUGGGAAUGUAUCUGCCAGCCAUGGAGAAACAGCUGGCCAUCCUAGAUACCCUGUAUGAGGAAUACAACCUGGAGUCUGAUGAGGUAGUGUGAAACUGGGAACAAACAAAUGUUUAGAAUUCAAAGAAGGCCAAGACCUGGCUGCAGGGGCAGAGUAUUGGUUUACUGGUGAAGGAAGGCACCACAUGCCAAGAGUAUCUUAUGUACAAAAUAAUAUGAGCAUGUCCCAUGUCAGUGUGAGGUGUUUCCAGUGGUAUUUGAACUCUACAACAGCAGUAGAGGGUCCAAGCUUGAAGAAGGCAUUGUCUGUAUUUAGGAGCCAACAAGGAGCAAAGCAGACAUUCACAGUUAAGACUAAAUGGUGUUAACAACACAGGUCUUGUUCAGAGAUCAUUGACAGUGUAGGGGCCCUCUUAGGCAGACUCCAACUAUACUGAUUCAAGGUGAAAUUUGUUUCUGAUGCACAGUUUGUUACUGUAUUGUGGCUUUUUAUGUACUAUGCAUGAUUUAAGGUACAUAACUUCAGGUCAUUUGGCUUUUGGCAUUCCAGAAAAAUCAUUUGAUUCCCCUGGUCAGAAUGCAGAAAGAAAUUUUCAAUCAAGAUUGCCUUGUUUCCUUGGAUUCCUGAAACAAUGUGAUACUUAGAGCAAAUAAACAAAUGUCAGGUUGUUAUAAAGUCCAAUGUAUGCUUUGUAUGUGAUGAAAUUACAUACUGGGCUAACUUUAAUUGUAUUAGUUAAACGUGUUUAUUUGCACAGACUAUUGAAGUUUAGUGACAGUGGUGGCCCCUGGUUCCCCUAAGUCCUGAGGCUAACAAUGUGUUUAGACUUACUUCGCUGAUAUACCAUGAGCUGUUGCUCUAGAGACUUUCCACAGGAUCAAAAAGGAGCCGUCGUGUGAGUGGCUUUAGCCUCUGCCGCCUACAGUACACACAUGAAACAAUACAGUGUAGCUGGUAAUGUACUGACAACUGCUGAAUAUUUAUAGACAUCCUCUGCACAAACCUAUGCAUUACCACAGUGUCUAUUUAUUAUUUUUUAAGUUAUAAAGUUCAUGCUAAUGUAUUAUUAGCCAUUUGUCCAUCUCUUGUGUGAAUGUAUUGACAUUUGUAGCCACAGAACACGUUUAUCGAUUGCCUGGUUUUAUGUAUUAAGCAACACAGGUGCCAAUAGAAAACUGGAUAUAGGCCAAGGCCUUGAAUUAACCAAUUAACAAUCUUAAAGGAGAUAAUUGUGAAGUUAUCCAUCUCUGUACUGAUAAUGAACAGUAGUUUGCUCUACACAGUUCUCGUCCAUGCACUGUUCUACAUGUACUGGAGUGUUACCAGGUCUGCUCUAUGACGUCGGUACAACAAUUUAAAAUAAAAAGUCUCAGCCAGGUUAAAGUUAGGCCAUAGACUCACUGAGCCAUUGGAA